UCUCGGGCAUUUUGCGUUUGCACGUCAAGGCAAGCGGACGACGAGGACGAGCGGCGAGAUACUGCGGAAACAAGUGGCAGCAAGUGGCAAGAGCUGAACUUCCGCACCCGGGAAACGGUCGCGUGUGCUCCGAGUGGAAAUACGGAAAUACGGAAAAUUCGGAAAAUUUGAACGCGUGUUCGCCGAGUCGGGGGAAGCGCCGGCAAGUGCCCGCUGAAGAAUCGCAACUAUGCGUGCGACCACAAAUCAAAAUACGAAUUUAUGAAAAGUGCUCGCUCGCCAGGCAAAACCGCAGAACACGCACUCAGAGGUUGUUUCACCUAGUCAAAACCCAAACUUCAAUAAAAGAACCAAACAAGUGAAAAAUAAAUAUACAAAGUGAACUAAUGCAAAGGAGCACCAUGUUGCCAGGAGUGGAGCUGCUGCUGCUGUUCCUGCUGAGCACGUCGCUGCACGCGGAGAUCUCCCACUUGCCGAUGGCCAGCAACCGCAUCAUUCUGGACUCCACGGAGCUGCUCCAGAACCCGCUGAUCCAGGACGCCGGUGUGCCAGCGGCCAGGGCGACGCCACUUCCACCGCAAAAGUGUCCUUCGCUGCAGCGGUACCGCAAGAUGCUAAAGGACUUCGACGACCUGGAGGACCUCUACGUGGACGUGCCCGUGCAUAUAGCUCUGGCGGAGCGGCAGAGGAAGCGAUUUGUGCUGAACCUGAACGACUCGACGCCGCUGACGAUUCGCUUUUCGGCGCCCGUGGGCCGCAAGAUGUACUACAAUCAGACAGGAAACCCCCUUCGGCCGGCGGCAGUGGCACCUGGGCCAGGUGUGGCUGUGGGCAGUCUGGUGCUGCCCUGCGCCCUGCGUGGCCAGUACGACCUCUUCGUCCUCGCCCGCCACUCGGGAGCCCUCAAGGUGGACGCCCUGGCAGAGCAUCCCCAGCACGACUGGCCCCUCCUCAACGCCACGCACCGAAUCGCCAUUCGCACCCAGAAUCGCGUGCGGAAGCGCGAGAUGAUCGUCAAGUGGGAAAGGAGCAAGUUUGAUUUCCAUGUCAUGCACUAUUGCCUGGUGAUUCAGAGACUCUCCAUGGACACGCCGCGGAUGAUCUUCACCAACUUCUGCCAGGCGGUGUCCGCCUACACGGACCAGCAGCCCAUGACUCCCAGUUGCGCCGCAGGCGGUCCCUUGGAAGGGAUUUGGGGUGCUCCACCCCAGCGGGAAAGGAGACUUAAUCCUAGGCAGAACGUUCACAUCGUGUGCACGGGGAAGAGGCGCCAACAGCUGCUGCGACGCCUUCUUCCGAGGAGCAGUUACCAUCUGGACCUGUUCGGAAUCCACCAGGGUAGACAGAACCUCACCCUGCGACUGGCCAGCAGCCAGGUGAACUUUAACCGCACCCAACCUCUGGCCCUGAAGCAGCAGGCUCUGAUGCAACUCAAGAUCGGUGGACAGCACGGGAAGCAGGUGUACAGCUUCAAGGUUCCGCAGACGACUCGCCAGCUGGGGGAGCCGUUCAUGAGGCACCUUUUGAUCCCUUGCUCGGGCAGCGAAAUCCGGGUGAAGCUGCUACGGCAACGCAGCGAGGUGGGGAAAACGGAGGCCUUCUAUAGUCCAACGUACAUUCGGCAGAAGGGAGUCCUACCAGGGGAGCGCUAUCUCAUGCGGUUCGAGCCCAGCAACGAUGACGAGGCGUUGCGAGCUCAGAAGGUCAUGGUGGCCCUGAGCAGCGAGGCUCUGUUCCGGGAUUUGCCCGAGCUGCCGCAGAACACGACAGUCUUCAAUGUGCGAACGCGGUGCAGCAGAGCCACCAUUGCAUGGAAUGGCUCACCGGAUGAACGGGAGCUGAGCUACUGCAUCAUAGUGUUCAACCUGCCGCAGCGCAAUCGCAGCGUGGUGGACUUUACCAACUACUGCAUGGACUUUGUGCCCAAGCGGGUGAUGCAGUACAGAUACUUCGAGUGGAUGACCUGCAGGGAGAGGCAGCAGAGUCCCGACAACAUCGAGACGGAGACCAUACUGAACCUGAUGCCGGGUUCCAGCUACCUGGUCUACGUAACGGCCAACCUGAGCAUGGGCAAGCCGCUGCCCUACCAGGCGCUGACCCUCCACAUGGCCAGUCAGUGCCUGGACGGAUCGCACGAGUCCUUCUACUAAGCGCUACCAGUGGUGGUCGUAAUCCCCCAAUCCAAACCCAUACCCAAAGCUUCGCUGCAUUUUCGAAUACAAACACUGAACUAUCCGUCGUUGUAAAGCUACCUUAUCCACUACGAUUACUACACUAUCCUACAAAAAACUAUGCUGGUUAAAAGACUAUACACCUAGCUCCAUAUACUAUAUAUAUAUAUACAAUAUCGAGGCAUGUGUUGUGUGGGCGAGUGAGUGUGUGCGUGUGACUUCUGAUUGAGUUGCCAUUUGAUUCCAAGUAUUUUCGAGUGCUUAGUUUUGUAAUUUGUAGCUAGCCGUUAAUGUUUGUAUAAACUGUUUCAUUGGUUUCCCACUCCGCUUUAUUCGAUAAGCUCGUUUUCUAGAUUUUAGCUUUAGCACUCUUAGUUUAAUGUUUAAAGUUAGUUUCGCUGUUAAGUUUACACCGUAGUCGAGGCGUCUUGAGUAGUUCUUUUGUACAUUAAGCUUACACUUAGCUCUACAUUAGAUAUACCAUGUCGAACCUACGAGUCUACGAACAUACGAACAUAUAUAUGUGCGUUGAAAGCGUUGUAUUUUUUGAAGCCGAACUUAUGCAACCGAAAGGAGACAAUAAACAAAUGUGCUAUAAAGGACGAAAGUGUCGCAAAUAAAUGUGAGCCACUGCUAAAGAAGACCG